CAGCACCGAGUUGGUAUGGAGACCGAUGUUGUUGGUGACUCUUCUACUCAUCCAGAAAUUGUGACAGAGACCCUUUCAGAAUUUGAUUUGUUUAUUAGUAGAAAGAGAAGUAAAAAAAUGAAGAAUGUAAGAUCAGAGUUGGACCAUUAUCUAGAAGAUGAUGUUUUGCAAAGAACUUCAGGUUUUGAUGUUUUGAAUUGGUGGAAAGCUAAUGGACCAAAGUAUCCGACUUUACAGGCAAUAGCUAGGGACAUUUUACCUAUUCCUGUAUCCACUGUUGCUUCUGAGUCAGCAUUUAGUACUAGUGGAAGGUUGGUGAGUCCACAUCGUAGUAGACUUCAUCCAAACACAUUAGAAGCAUUAAUGUGUGCACAAAGUUGGUUGUGGGAUGCAGAGAUUAAAGGAAAUUCAACAUUGGAAUCGGUGGGCUAUGCAACUAUAUAUGAUGAUGAUGAGAUUGAGUCGGAUGAGUCAUGUGCUACUUUUGUAAUUCAAGUUAAAGGAGAUGAUGGAAGUUGUUGUGUAGUUUGUAUGGAUAUUGGAGAAACAAUGGAUUUCAUUUUUUAUGUUGAUGCUAUUUUAUCAGUUUUGUAUGGCACUGUCUCAAUGAUGACACAGUCUCAAGGAUGUUUUGUUGUGUAUGACAAUGUUACAGGAUGUGCUACAGGUUGUGUAUGA